AUGUCUACUCUCCGUGUGGCCGCGCGCCGCCUGCCUCGCGCCUCCAAAUUGGUUGCCUCGGUCGAGUCUCCAUUGCAGCGUCGAUUUGCGGCUACCAACGCUGCCAGCGCUCAGGAUGUCAAGUCUCACGCAAAGAAGGAGGCCUCUUUGCCUAACCCUGACCCCUCGUCUGACUCGCUGACCGUCAAGUUCAUCAACGAGCGUGCUCCGUUCAUGGUACCGACCUACGUUCGCCCGGCUCCGAUGAUGAUGAAGGGACAAGGCUGCUACCUGUGGGAUAUGGAGAACCGUCGCUACCUGGACCUGACUGCUGGUAUUGCUGUCAACUCUCUUGGUCACUGUGAUCCCGAGAUCGCCAAGAUUGUCGCGGAACAGGCCGAGACCCUUAUUCACGCCUCCAACCUCUACCACAACCCCUGGACUGGCGCUCUCAGCCAGUUGCUGAUCAACCUCACCCGCGAGUCCGGUGCUAUGCGUGAUGCCUCCCAGGUCUUCAUCUCCAACUCCGGCACGGAAGCCAACGAGGCGGCCAUUAAGUUCGCUCGCAAGGUCGGCCGUACUCUGGAACCCUCUGGCGCAAAGCACGAACUCGUCUCCUUUCACAACUCCUUCCACGGCCGCACUAUGGGCGCCUUGUCCGCGACCCCGAACCCCAAGUACCAGACUCCCUUCUCGCCCAUGAUCCCCGGGUUCAAGUACGGCAACUACAACGACGUCGAGCAGAUUCAGACUCUUAUCACCGACAAGACCUGCGGUGUGAUCGUUGAGCCCAUCCAGGGCGAGGGUGGUGUUAAUGUCGCUACCCCCGAGUUCCUAGUGGCUCUGCGCAAGCGUUGCGACGAGGUCGGCGCGGUCCUGAUCUUCGACGAGAUCCAGUGCGGUCUGGCCCGUACCGGUACUCUCUGGGCUCACGGCCACCCUUCCCUUGCCCCGACCUCCGGCAAGGCUGCCCACCCCGAUAUCUUGACCUCCGCUAAGGCGCUGGGUAACGGUAUCCCCAUCGGUGCCACCAUUGUCUCCAACAAGACUGUCGGAGAGCACAUCAAGACCGGCGAUCAUGGCACUACAUUCGGUGGUAACCCGCUGGCCUGCCGCGUCGCCUAUCACAUCGUGGCUCGCCUGGCCGACCCCGAGCUCCAGAGUGCUGUCAAGGACAAGUCGGCCAUCUUUGUUUCUGGCUUCGACUCUCUGAAGAAGAAGUACCCUGAGGCAAUCCAGGAAGUGCGCGGUCGCGGGUUGAUCCUGGGUCUCCAGCUUACUCCGGCUGUCGCCCCCAAGGCUGGUGAUAUCAUCACCGCUGCGCGUGAGCGUGGACUGCUGAUCAUCACCGCCGGCGAUGGUUGCAUCCGCUUUGUGCCUCCUCUAACCAUCACCGAGGACCAGAUCAAACUCGGUCUGAACAUUCUGGAGCAGGCUCUGGAUUCCGUCGUGGCCAAGUCUUAA